AUGAUGCCUUUCCUACUUGCUAUGUCACCAAGAAGAGACCCAUCAGAUCGUCCGACUGGUGGAGCAUCAAACGAGGAAAAUUCGGAAAAUCGAUAUCAGAAAAAUCAGAAAAAUCAAUUGCCAAGUGACGGAUUUUCUGGUGGAGACGGUAUAAAAAUGGCUGACGACGAGGAGGAGAUUAUUCAAAAAAUCGAAGUGAAACCCGACGAAUUCAAUGGGCUGAUUGGUUCGAUUGCUGGAAAUUUGAUUCGGGAUAAGGUCGGUGGACCAGGUGGUGACAUCCUCGGUGGCCUCGCCAGCAACUUCUUCGGAGGUGGUGGCGGAGGCGGCGGCGGCGGCGGUUUCGGCGGUGGAAACGGAGGAUUCGGAGGAGGCGGUCAGAAUUACGGUGGCGGCGGCGGAGGAAAUAAUUACGGUGGUGGCGGUGGAAAUCAAGGUGGCGGAGGAUUCGGCGACAUUCUCGGUGGACUUCUAGGUGGCGGAGGUCAACGAGGCGGCGGCGGAGGUGGACAGAACUACGGAGGCGGCGGCGGAAACUACGGUGGCGGCGGUGGCAAUCAAGGAGGCGGUGGAGGUGGAUUCAACCUCAACGAUAUUGGAGGAAUCAUCAAUAGUAUGGGAGGUGGCGGCGGCGGUGGACAGAAGCAAGGAGGAGGUGGCUUCGGCGACAUCCUCGGUGGCAUCGGCUCUCUGAUCGGCGGUGGCGGUGGUGGCCAGUACAAUGGCGGUGGUGGAAAUGUGAAUCCGAAUCGUCUAAACGGUGGAAUGGUCAACAUUAUUGGAAAUCUGAUCGGCGAGGCCGCUCAUCGAUUCUUGGGUGUCGACCCAUCGACAGGAAGGAUCAUUGGAGCAGUGGCUGGAAAU